AUGGCUUCCUUGGAUAGUCGCGACCUUAUUCCAUUUCCACCUGGUAGUAAUGCUAGCGAUACUUUUAUCAAAGGAGUGCAUUAUAAUCUCACAACAUUGAAACAUUGGAACUAUACAUACUAUUCUAAUGGCACAUUUUCCAAUGGAUCCCUCUGCUUCAUCCUCUUCGAACCCUAUACCCCUCAUCUACUCCAAAAUGGCACAUUUCUUAAUAGUACAUCGUGUUAUUCUCCGAUCAAGUCGAUGGGGGCACGUUCCCAGAUUGGUCUUGCGAUGGGAAUCUUAUUUCUGAUAAGCAUCAUGUUCACAUUGAUCAAUUUACGAAAACACGGCCGAGCAAGUACAUCUCCUCGAAAACGAUUUCGCGCAGUCAGCAGAAGAUGGCAAUGGUAUUGGAUGCUCAUAAUUGGAACUUGUGGGGGCAUAAGCGGCAUAAGUUCUGUUGAUGUCGACAGAUACUUUUUACCAGAGUUACCAUUCGCUUUAACGAAUUUCUUCUGGUUCUUGAUGCUACCAGCAACAAUGGCGGCCGUGUGGGAGAGUGCAAGGCAUUGGGGCAGUUGGCAAGAGAGACAAAUGCUUGAUAUCCCUGAGAAUCGACGUGCACUGAGGGAGGAUGAUAAACGAACAAAGAUUGAAUUAGUGAUUCCUUUGGUCUUCUAUUUCUUCUUCUGGUUGAACCUUUUAUUGGUUAUACCAAGAUCAUGGGGUUCCUUUGAAAAGCAACGAGAUUUGGACCAGACCAAUCUUAUUGCUGCACCAGCUGCUACUGAUAUUCGUUUUAAAAUUGCAGCUUUCCUUCUUUUGGGGGGGUGGCUGACAACAAUUUACUCUUUGCAACACUCGGUAUAUCACUACAUAACUCACGAACAGGGCUUCUGGAACCGCCUCACUGCCCUCUUUAGACAUACUCCCGCUAAAAUUGUCCUCACUCUUUUCCUUUCUCUAGUAAUGAUUGGAUAUAUCGCAACGAUAUCAUUCUAUUUUCCGAUAUCGCCUCUCAAUAUUCAUGCGAAACUGGAAUUCGUAUAUCCUUUAGGUUGGGGACCAAUAGCUCUCAUAUUGCUUAUGUAUGAGAUCGCUGGCUACGUGAAUCCGAACGAGGAUCGUGAACUACUUCGACAGCGACGGGUUCGUGAUGUAGCAGCAGAUGAAGAAAUAGGAUACACCAAAAAACCGCGAUGGUGGAAUUUCCUACAUGGUGACAAUAAGAUGGCCAGUAUGCAAGAGAGGAUAACUGCCAACGUGGCUGAGGUGAGAGGUGGAGUCCCAACAACAAGAGGAUUGGAGAGAGGGGUGGAACUGGACGAUUUUCCAUCACCUACCAGAGAUAGAAGAAACAUGGAGCACCCGAUGACAGGUGUGGAAGCUUUAAGAACAGCUGCGGGUGUGCCAUACCCUCCGCAUCUGGAUAUCCAAGGAAGAUUUAGGGACAACCCGAUAAGAUCCAGAGAUUCAGAAGCAAGUUCAGUGACUCAAGUGGAGUCAGAACAAGGUGCAAGUACCAUUAGUAAUAUUUCUGCUUCAGCACCUCCGCAGCAGAUUAGGAGUAUGCUUGAUGUUUAG